AUGGUAGGAAAAGGUCUGGUAAAACCUCAACUGAAUAAGUUAGAGGCCAUCCAAAACUGGCAUCGGCCAAGUCAUAAGAAGCAGGUCCGAGCAUUCCUAGUGGUGGUGGGGUAUUACUGGCAUUUCAUCCUCCAUUUUGCUACAAGGGCAAGUCCCCUAACAGAAUUAGUGAAGGCCCAUGGUCCUGAUCCAGUUAGAUGGUCCGUUGCAGCAGAGAGGGCAUUCACGGACCUAUGGACUGCCCUCUGCAGUAACCCGGUACCGAUAGCCCCAGAUUUCACCAAGGACUUCAUCCUACAGAUAGAUGCAUCCAAGUUGAAUGCUUAUGAAGAAAUGAUGAACUUGAAUGGAACAGUGGUGACUGAGUUUCUUCUUCUGGGAUUUUCUACCUCUCCAGAGCAGCAGGUUUUACUCUUUGUGGCACUGUUAGCCAUUUAUCUGGUCACUGUGGUGGGAAACCUCCUCAUUAUCCUUGUAACUUUGGUGGAUCCUGUCCUUCACACCUCCAUGUACAUUUUCCUCUCUAAUUUGUCUGCCUUAGAGGUCGGUUACACCUCGGUCACUGUCCCCAAAAUGCUGGUGAGCCUCAUCUCAGGGGAUAAACACAUCUCCUUUGCUGGCUGUGCCAUGCAAAUGGGCUUCUUCCUUUGCUUCGGGAGCACAGAAUCCUCCUUUCUGACCACCAUGGCGUAUGAUCGCUACGUGGCAAUAUGCAGCCCCCUGUGUUAUACCAUGAUUAUGAACAAGAAGGUGUGUGUCCUUCUGGCAGCCACUUCCUGGACUAUCGGCAUCCCAGCCCAGGUAGUGCAGACCGGUUUGGUGUUCACCUUACCCUUCUGUAGCUCCAGAGAGAUCAACCAUUUCUUCUGUGACCCAGCCCCUCUGCUGUUGCUGGCCUGUGCUGACACCUCCAUGAAUGAAACCUUGACUUACAUCAUGGUCACUUUCUUUGGAAUGGUGCCCUUUGCCCUGAUCCUGUUGUCCUACAUCCGAAUCAUCACCACCAUCCUCAUGAUGCCAUCAGCUGAGGGCAAGAAGAGAACAUUCUCCACCUGCUCCUCCCACCUCAUUGUUGUGGCUUUAUUCUAUGGUUCUGGCAUCCUCCUUUAUUUACAACCCAGAUCCAGUGAAUUUCCAGAUGGCGCUAAACUUCUCUCCCUGUUUUACACAGUUUUGCCUGCUAUGUUGAACCCUUUUAUCUACAGCCUGAGGAACAGGGAUAUCCAAAUGUCCCUGAAGAGAAAUAUGUGGAAAAAAAUGUUUCCUCGCUAG